GACGCUUCGCCAUGGUGGCAGAACUGCUGAGCCCGCUCUCCAGCUGGAUACAGCUCACCCUCCACGACAAGGCGGACAGCCUGGAGGCGGGCGCUGGCAAGCAGCCGCCACUCUCCAAGCCGGCUGCCAUGGCCCGCAGCUGUAACAGCUGCAGCGGGCUGUGGCAGACGGUGGGCCAGGUGUACGCACAGCUGCUGCUGGCGCUGGCCGCCGCUUCCAGUCUGCAGCAGCCGGGACCAGCCAAGAGCGCCGGAGCUCACCUCCAGGUACCGUACUGCUGUCCAGGUAGCCGUCUUGUGGAGCGCGAGACGAGUGCAGGUGGUGUGUGGUGUGUGUUGCAGUGGUACGUGCUGGUGUGGUGCCACGCCGGCGGCGCCGCCGUCAUCACGUGCUGCUACGUGCGGCUGGUGGCGUCUGGCGCGCCGGCCGACAAGCUGGGCUCCCUGCGGAGGGCGCACAGGGCGGCCGGCCAGCACGCCUUCCUCAGGGCUGCCGCCGCAGUGCUGGGGUUGGCAGCACUGGCGGAGGGCGCCCUGGAGGCGGUGGUGCACGCGGGCUGCGGCGGUGACGCCCGCUUCACACUCGCCGUGCUGAGAGCGCUCUUCACCUUCCUGCAGAUGCACUUCCUCUUCAUAGACUCCCAGCAGGUGGUGGUCGGCGGGGCGGGCGCGCUGGCGCGGCUCGGCUCUGCCCACCUCGUGGCGGCCAACCUCGCCCCUUGCAUGCUGGCUGCCCUCAACGCAGCGGUGGCUGCCGUCGCCGCACCGGAGCCCACCUCGCAGGCGCAGGGAGCAGACAACGAGGAGUGCAUUCUGAACAGCGUCUGGGGUCGCCUGUGGCAGGACGUCAGCCCCUUCCUGCAGCCCAUCGCCGUGCAGUUCAGUGUGGUGGCGGCGCUGGCAACGUACGCGAGCGCGCGCCCCGCGUCCCGCCGGCCCGCGGGUUCCGCGCUGGACGCGGCCGCCGCCGCCCCCGCCGCCUCCGCCGCCCCCACGUCCUCGUCGAGCGCCCCGCGGCUGCCGGUGCCCCUGCGCGGGGGCGGCCGCUGGUGCUGCUGCGGCGGCGGCGCGGCGCGCGGCCUGUGGGCCGGCCUGCCGCUGCUGUGCGCGGCCGGCGCCGCCUGCGCGCUGCGCCUGCAGCCCGCCUCCGCCGCCCCCGCGUCGGCGCCGCCCCCGGCGCUGCUGUCGGAGGGCGCGCGCGCCGCCGCGCUGUCCGGCGCCCUGGUGGCCACCGUGCUGGCCGCCACGGCCCUGCGAGGCGCCCCCGUCUCCAGGCUGCACCGCCGCCUCUCCAGGUCAGCCCCGCCGUCUCGCUUAACGUGCCCUACCACCGCAUUCGAUCUUUGUUGGCAGGCUGUCCCAUAA